AUGCCCAAAUUUGUAUGGAGCGCUCGCCUGCGGGAGGGUGACGGGAGCGGCCCUGAGGGGUCGGGGCGGACCCGGGCAGCCCGUUUCCCCCCGAGCGGGGCGGCGCUGCCCCGACCCUUGCAGACACCCUUCGGCCUCCUCAGAGUGUUCAGCGUUGUGAUCCCUUUCCUGUAUGUCGGGACUCAGAUCAGUAAGAACUUUGCAGCCCUACUUGAAGAACAUGAUAUCUUUGUCCCAGAGGAUGAUGAUGACGAUGAUUAAAGGAACUGUAACAGAAGAACAGAAGGGAGAAAACCAUUGACAAAGCAAUGGUUCCAACAUCUGUCACCUGUGUUUUGUCCUUCCUAAAUGGGACAGGGGCUCUGUAGCCCCUUUGCCAGUGAGUGUCCUGGGCUUGUCUGUAUGAUGGAAAUCUGUAGAUCUGGGUUGAAGGAAGUGCUUGAUAGGCCCUGCAUCCUUGCACGCACACAAUCACCUCAUCAAAGACUGCUUGGGAUUACUUUUAUUAGCAAUAUGGAAAACACUUAAUUAAAGAUCAAGAGAUUGAGAUGC